AUGGCCGCUUCUGAGGGUGAUGAGGCCGAUUUAUUGAAUAAUGACGAUGGUUACAAGGCUCCCGAAAAAAAGACACUGGAUGAGUUGGUCAAAUUAGAUGCAGAGGAUGCAAGCCUUCAACGAUAUAAGGAGAGUCUCCUAGUUCCAAAUGAUCCAAGAAAGUUUAUUUUGGUUAAACUUGAGAUCUGCGUCAGGGAUGGUCCCACACAUGAAAUCGACUUAAAGAAUCUAGAUGGUCUUAAGGACAAACCAAUUGAGAUGAUAGAAGGUUCGCAGUACCAUGUCCAGGUCACAUUUUAUGUUCAACAUGAAAUUAUUUCUGGUCUCCGCUAUGCUCAGAAAACCACCAAAAACGUCCUCAGAUCGGUGGACAAGGUGAUGCUGGGCAGCUAUGCUCCAAGGGCAACGCCAUACGUAUGGCGCUCGGAGGAUGAGGAGGUGCAAUCGGGCGCACUAUUUCGAGGACACUACAACGUCACCAGCGUCUUCACCGAUGAUGAUGAACAGGAGCACCUUAAAUUCAGGUGGGCCAUCAAAAUUGUUAAGUCCUAG